CGUACCUUACUAAGAAGAAUUUUAGGAUAGCAAGAAGUGCACUUUGGAAAAAGAUUUGAUAUUAAUUAUAUGGAUGCAUUUAUAAACGCUAUCUAUAUACCUAUAAAAUUAAAAUUGAAAUAUUCAUUCGGAUUCUAAGUUCAUUUGUAGAUGGAUUUCUCAAAAUAAAUACAAGAAUAUAUAUAUUUUAAAGAAAAAGUGUUUAGUAUUAAAGUUUUUGAAGAUUGGCAUUUUAGAGUUUAGAAAAAAUCUUUUGGAUGCGUGAAACUGAAAAAAGAAUUUUAACACUCUAUAUGUCAGAGAGAUCUUUUGUGUGUUGUGCCUAGUUUGUUAAAUUAUUUCUCCAAUUAUUCGUUUAGAAGAUUAUUAAUACCUUUAUACUAUUUAGAAUUCAAAAAUUAUUAAUUAUUGUUUACCGUAUUAUUUAUAUGUUUAUGAAAAUGCUUUUCAUUGAAAAAAUGGAACAUUUACUAAUUACUAUAAUAAUUUAGAAAUUUAACCUGAUCC